AUGCCAUCUUCAAGAUGUCGACACUCCUCUGUUUCUCCCCCGCCACCACCUAAGCGUCAGCGAUCCGAGAAUGCCAACACUGAUGACAACAACCAGGUUCAGUCGUCCCUGGACAUGGCUGUGAUGGGCGAGUCCACUACUGGCCCCCACACCCGUUCGCAGGGUCUUCCUCCGCCAUAUACAGAGUUAAACGCAGAGAAUGCUGACCCAGUCCACGAUAAUCUCGGCAGACGAGGCCAAACUGCUAACUCGGAUACCCGGGCGCAAGGUCGUUUGGCCGCAAAAUGGAUUGCCGACUUGAUGGGUGGAACGCUCGCGGGCCCUGCCCUCGCCUGCAGUGCCUCACGGCCGGCUCACAAUCUACACACCGUUACCAGCCAGACUGGAAUCGAUGCCGAGGAGGAGGUCGUUGUAUGUAUCUGUGAGACGUGUAAGGCGACCUUCACCUUUAUCGUGCAGUUCGCUGGAACGUGUUGUCGACCGGGCAUCGAACGCAUGCAUCACAUCGUCCCAGUCGCAUCACGCGAAACGACGAGCAGCGAUAAAUACUACCCAAAUACAUACACAGCUGAAUUCAGAUGCUCUGCCAGCGUUUGUCAGCUGUCUAUCCAACUCCAAAAGUGUGAGCCGCGCUUGCCAGCGAACUUCGAGGCAGCUCUGGUCGAUCGGGCUGCCGUGCGGGCGAGGCUGGACGAAUUCAUGGCUGCCGAGCCAGCUCGCUACGAAGACCUUCUGUCCCCGGACAGGCUCCCGAAGCUUGUUCCUUCUUACUAUCUACUACAAUACCUCAAUGAUGUCGUCAGCCUCAACCCGGAGGAGAAGCGUAGGGUGUCCAUCCGCAACAAGUUCUUCACCUUGUGCUUCUCAGACAAGAUGGAUAUCCUGGACUACCUUGAUUUCGAAAGCUACGCCGAGGACGACGAGGUGUUCGUGCAGCUGCCUACGCUGGAGGAUUACCCCCCGGAAUCGUUUAUGAUCACGCCCUAUCAAUCGAAACGGGCUUGGUUCGAAAUUCUCCGAAUCCAUCUCGCCUUUCUCCUCACAGACAUGCCCAAACACCUUAAGCCACCCAUCGACGUCAAGGCUGACCGCUCCAGCAAGGAGACCUUGAUGCAGCUUCUUGAUGCUGACUACACGAAGACGACGUUUCGGAACUUGGAUGACUACGAUGCCCAGAUGUUCGAUACCCUGGGGGUCGUAAAGGACAUGCAUGAGCUCUUACUUUGGUAUGCUUGCAUCUGCGAGAAUCAGACGAAUCCGGCCGGCCGUCAGGCCAUUUUUGAGGCCAUCAGUCAUGUCAGUCAGGGCAGAGAGGCCGUUUGCGCCGAUCUGAGACUCUUUCUGGAAAACGAGCAGAUCUAUUGGGCCACCGAGGCCUCGAAGAAGGAUGUACAACCGAGCACACCGCUCUCCAGAGCUUUGCGGUACUUUGACCUACCAGAAGACUGCACUGUCCUUCAGGUACUAGGUGCAUUCAACGUUGCCCUCGCGAACUCUCGAAGUCCGGACGACACCAAGGCAGCCAGGCUCAAUGCUUCCAUCAUCGGCAAGGCCAGGAGGAGCCGGCCAAUCAUGGAUCGCGUCUGCACUUUUGACAGCACUGCCGAAGCGUUGAGCUUUAUCGGAUUUGACGCAGGGGCAGGAGGGACCAGAGAAGAUCCCGAUUUCGUCCACGCCCAUCUGGUUGCUACCGCCGACGACUCCGACAGCUCAUUCGACAGGAUACUGGUGGCUUCGGCCGCCAGGCUUGUGGCCGAGUCACACGGCAAUCAUCAAGGCCUCCUUUCCUUUGCUUCGGAGCAACAGUCGCUGGCUGGUGAGCCUUGGUUGACUGACGCAAUCAAGCCUGCCAUCAACUACACCCUUCCGGCUGGCCUGGCGAACAUCCGCAACACUUGUUACCUGAACAGCAUUCUCCAAUACUUGCACACGGUCGUGCCCGUGCGCGACGUCAUUAUGAAUUGGGAGAGUUAUAGGCUCGAGCCAACAGAGGCCAAUAUUCAGUCUCGUCGUCUUGGUGGCAGCGGGUCAACCCUUGACAAGGGCGAGGCCUUCUUGGCGGCCAACUUCGUCGAGGAGAUGCGCGGCUUGUUCCAUGAGCUCCAGACGUCGGAGGCACGCUUCGUCACGCCUAAACAACGCCUUGCUCUCGCAGCACUCAACACUCCAGAGAAGCUUGUAGAGCGCAAGUCGGAGGAGAAGCCGACCGCAUUUAUCGGCCCCCUCGUGGGCCCUCUGCCGAACCCGAAUGCAGACGACGACGACCUGCCUCCCCCACCACCCCUCCCCGACCGACCCUCGCAUAAGUCCGCACAGCAAACCCAAGGUCCACCAGCCGGACCGACGAUCACGGUGAAUCCCGUCCUGGAAAACUUUGACAGCAUUAGCGAUGUGAGCUCCGGAACCCUGGUGGAUGAGAACACCGAGGAUGUGGGUCAGACCUACGUGACGUCCGGACGUCAAGAUGGCAAGCCUGUCCCUCCUGUCAUUCCGGCCAAGCAGCGAUCGCCCCUUGAGGAUGACGAGAAGGAGACAAGUCAGGGCGUGGUUUCUACCACGCGCGGGCGAUCUUCCACCCGAGAGCAGGAGAUACGAGAUGGCUCGGAUGUCAAGAUGAGCGGGGUUGAUGAUCCCGCUGGCGAUACGAAGGCCGAAGACACGGCCACCCUUGAAGACAAGAUCGUCGAAGCUCUAGGCAACGAAAAGGUCACCGGAACUGACCAGCAGGAUGUCGAAGAAGUCAUGGGCAACAUUCUUGAGCACCUCCACGCUGCCAUCAUGCCGACUGGAACCGACGCGACGACGGGCAAGCAAACGGAUCAAAUUACGGAGACAUUCUACUGGCGUAGCAGAAAGUAUAUCAGAUCUGUCGACUUGAAGACGGGUAAGCCCAAGUCAGACUACCGUACUGUGGAUGAUCUCUCCCGAUGGAUGACCGCGUUCCCGGCACCCGAAGGCAAAGUCGACCUUUACACAGCGCUCGAUAGCAGCUUCGACCAAGAAUUUCAGGAGGAUGGCCACGAAACUUUCACUUCCAUCACGAGGACGUCACCCAUUCUCCACGUCUACAUCCAGCGGAGCCAGAACAUCGACGGUCGACUGGGCAGAAAUAACAACAUUGUCGAGAUUCCCGAGGCGCUGUGGCUGGACCGAUACAUGGAUGGUCCGAGCGAGUCCGACAUCUUCCAGAGGCGGCAGCGGAGCUGGAACCUGAAGAGAAGGCUUCAGGCCUUGAAUGGUCAGCCGCCACAAGAGCCAUCCAAGGUCAAUGACCAGUUCAAGAAGGCAAGCGUCAAAGAGGCGGGCUUUGAGAUCAUCAACGAUAAUGUCGAUCAGUAUGAGGAUGCUCUUCUUAGUGUCGACAAUACUGGCGAGGGUGAGGGCGAGGACGAGUUUGUCUCGAUCCUGGAUCCUGAGACACAGAAGAUCUUGGCCGAUCACAACCUUCUCCCUUCGAAUGUCAGCCGCGACAGUGUCAUGGGUGAGCCAUCGGAGCGCGAGGUCCAGCUGGCCAAUCUUGACCCUGGUGCCUCUCGGCGCGUCAAGGAAAAGGCUGAUUUGGACAAGAUCAAGGCGCAGGAUGAGCUCUCCACACUCUUCGCCGACCAACACGAAAUCGGCUAUCGUCUCCACGCCGUAAUCUGCCACGGAGGUAUUCUCACGAGCGGGCACUACUGGGUGUGGAUCUACGACUUCAAGAAGAAGGUCUGGCGCAAGUACAACGACGACACGGUCACAGAGCACAGCGAGUCCGACAGCGCCAAGGUACUGGCAGAGCUGAAUUCGAGUGGAAGUCCUUACUACCUUGCAUACGUUCGCCUGGACGAAAUCGAAAAGAUGGUCGCCGUACCGGAACGUUUUCCACCUGUACAAGAAGCAGACGAGACAGGCGAGGCUACCACUGGCAGUUUGACAACCAGAGGUUCAGCUAAAGACGGGUAUGGGCAUGCAACCAAUACCACCGCCAAUAUCCAUGAUCCCUCUGCAGGUCCACAUAAUCUUGGUGUCGACAAGGCCAUUCAUCCCGAUACAGAGAUGGAAGACGCUCAUUGCCACGAGCAGCAGCGCGACACUAUCCAGACGUCCGCAUCGCUUCUGUCAACCCCCGGCGUCAUUACGAACGAAACAUUGAGCCGGCCGUUGUUUGGUAACAGUAUUUCAGCGCCACACAUUGCCGAAGGAGACGCAGACGUGGUCCCGUCAUCCCGAAGAGGGCAUGUGGACGUGGACCAGGUGUCGACCAGACCAUCUUUGGGCCACGACACACCAGAAGAUCUAAGUAUGCUGGAUCUGGGCAGUGCAGGCGAUCGACAGACAUACAACGACGAAGAGGAUGCAAUGAACUUGGACACCCCUGAUACCGCUUCAGCACGAACAGAGAUUUCACACCGCUCUGGGCUCUAUCUUGAUCACGGACAGACCUCAGAUCUGCCACACGUAGACAGACACAGCGGCUUCAAGUCACUGGUUGACAAGCCCCUGGAUCAUCAUGACGGAACCCCUCCUACCGCUCCAGGGGUCACAUUCCGCGGCAGAGUGGAACUAUCGCCCCGAAAGGAAAGUAGCAGAGAUCAGCCUGAUCGAGGCACAAGGGACAGAGAAAAUCCCUUGGUGGCUGGGUUGGUCGAGACAGACAGCCACGCGCAUUCUGAGAACACCCUACCGACGCAGACAUUUCAUGUGGGCAAAGUUAGUAUUGGCGAGACACACUUGCUGCCGGACUGGCCGCAGUGGGCACAAACCCUUGACGAAAGAGGUCACCUCUGCAAUGAAUUCCCGAAUCCAACUUUCACGACUAUCUCAGCAGCCAGGUCCGCAUCUAGACCAGACACCCAAGCCCCUAUGUCGCCGAUACCUGCAUCUCAGACAGGCAUGCAGAAUGCAGAGACUUCACAGCAGGAAUCACAAUCAAUUGCGGGCGACUCGGUAGAUACUUCCCUUGCUAAGGUUCCUGGUGACCUCGAAACCGGCAAGUCCAGCCAUCCAGGAACAGCCCGCUCGCCACUGCUUCGGAAGAGGGCUUCAUUCGGCGAAGCUGGCAUCAAUAGAGGCAAGUCUCCUGCCUGCGUACGACACCUGUACGCGGCCUGGCGGGCGGGAAAGCUUCCGUUUUCCACACGUGAUGAGUCUUUCCGGUUCAGAGAGGUCGUCGAUAGUGAGCCGGGGCAGAUCCUCGCCCAAGGCCCACACCGUUUCGGAACAUCAAGGGUGGAAGACCAGCGUGGCGAGCCGCUUGCAGAUGGAAGGAUGGCAGCGAUCAGAGUCACUCAAGAUGACCAGAUUGCAGCCGCGGACGCAAGCGAGGUGACUGAGAUCUAUUUAGAUGACGAUCUCAUUGGUGCUGCCUCUAGCGAUGGGCCGAUUGAGAAGUGGUAUCGACUGAUGUUGAGUCCAUGGAGUGUGGAGAGGAAUGACCAGAGCAGCGAAGAGGGGGAUGAUGGUGAAGGCGAAGAUGGCUAA